AUGUCCACGGAUCAUGAUACCGAGACAGAUCGCAGCACCACCGAAGACGGAUUCGAUGAUUCAGAUCGGUCCACAGACGAAGAUGAAGAUGACGACGAUGACGAAGACGAAGAUGAAGACGAAGAUGACGACGAAGAUGAAGACGAAGAUGACGACGAAGAUGACGACGAAGAUGACGACGAAGAUGACGACGAUGACAAUAACGAAUACGGUAACGGAGACAGAGUCGUUGGCGAGGUGGCUUGGUCACGGGCUGAUAUGGCGCUACGUCGAAGCUAUGCAACGGCUAGUUGGUCCUAUAGGGGUGGCUAG